AUGGCAACUCUCAAUACUCCUCCUACUCAACCGAGCCAGGUCACUCCUGCUCAAGCUGUCGAGGUCCUUUGGUCGGACGCCGUCACUCACAUCAAGUCUACUGAUGGCGAAGUUUUUGUGCCUUUCAACGUUGUCGAGACUGUGAUCGGCCAGGACGGCCUGAUGGCUAUUUCCAAGCGCCUAGCGUCACUUCUGAACAAGCAGGUUCAGAUCCUAGCUGACACCAGCAUUGAGUGCUACCGAGUUUACCCUCACGAGUUCACCAAGGACAUGAUUCCUGAUCAGCUCAAGGUUGGCGGCAAGGCUCUGAGUCUUGCAGAUCACCGGUGCAUCUCCAAGGCUGUUCAUAAAGCAGCUAGUCGGAAUGGCGUCCGCAUUCCUGCUCGUUCCGCCAAGGUUCCACGUCCUCCCAACUCUUUCAUCCUCUAUCGUCAGGCCAAUCACCACGCUGUGAAGGCGGCUAACCCCGACAUUACCAACAACGAGAUCUCCCGCAUUCUUGGUGCUCGCUGGAAGAACGAGUCCGAUGAAAUUCGUCAGCGCUACAUGAUUCUUGCCGAUGACUUGAAGAAGCGCCACUCUCUCGCCCACCCUGAUUACCAGUAUACUCCACGCCGCCCCUCUGAGCGCAAGCGCCGUGCCUCCCGUGCCAUGCCUACUCGUGACAACUUUGCCCAGAAUGAAGAUGAAGACGAGAAUAAUGAUGAGGGUGACGUUAUGUUGCAUUCUAGAACUCAUUGUACUGUUGUGGAUGAAGACUUCCUGGACGUGUUGGGAAACAAUGGACUUCUCUACGGUCCCAACGGAGUUGAGCCUCUUCCUGCCGGCUACAACGACUAUGAGCGUCAGCAGAUUGCCAACGAUCAGAUUUCGGGUGCCACCCUCUGCGAAAUGGAAUACGACCCAAUUCCUUGGUACGAGAUGCUCACACUUGACAAGGAAUAUCAGCAGAUGCUGUACCACGAGGAUAGCUAG